GGGGGGGCCCGGCUCUGCAUGGCCCCGGCUGCUGACAUGACUUCUUUGCCACUCGGUGUCAAAGUGGAGGACUCCGCCUUCGGCAAGCCGGCGGGGGGAGGCGGGAGCCAGGCCCCCAGCGCCACCGCGGCCACGGCGGCCGCCAUGGGCGCAGACGAGGAGGGGGCCAAGCCCAAAGUGUCCCCUUCACUCCUGCCCUUCAGCGUGGAGGCGCUCAUGGCCGACCACAGGAAGCCCGGGGCCAAGGAGAGCGCCCUGGUGGCCUCCGAGGGCGCACAGGCGGCGGGCGGCUCCGCGCAGCCCCUGGGCGCCCGGCCGGGGUCUCUGGGAGCCCCGGACGCGCCGUCUUCGCCGCGGCCGCUGGGCCAUUUCUCGGUGGGAGGACUUCUCAAGCUGUCAGAAGAUGCGCUCGUCAAAGCCGAGAGCCCCGAGAAGCCCGAGAGGACCCCGUGGAUGCAGAACCCCCGCUUCUCCCCGCCCCCGGCCAGGCGGCUGAGCCCCCCGGCCUGCACCCUGCGCAAGCACAAGACCAACCGCAAGCCGAGGACGCCCUUCACCACCGCGCAGCUGCUGGCGCUUGAGCGCAAGUUCCGCCAGAAGCAGUACCUGUCCAUCGCCGAGCGCGCCGAGUUCUCCAGCUCGCUCAGCCUCACCGAGACGCAGGUGAAGAUCUGGUUCCAGAACCGCCGCGCCAAGGCCAAGAGACUGCAGGAGGCCGAGCUGGAAAAGCUGAAGAUGGCCGCCAAGCCCAUGCUGCCGCCCGCGGCCUUCGGGCUCUCCUUCCCGCUCGGCGGCCCAGCGGCGGUAGCGGCCGCGGCGGGCGCCUCGCUCUACGGUGCCUCUGGCCCCUUCCAGCGCGCCGCGCUGCCGGUAGCGCCCGUGGGACUCUACACAGCCCAUGUGGGCUACAGCAUGUACCACCUGACAUAGAGGGUCCCAGGGUCCCCUACCUGCGGUUCCAGCCGAUUCCUCCAGCCCCUGUCUUCUGCAAAGCAGCAGGAGCCCCCCACCCCCACCCCACCCAGCGAGCUCCCCUUCCACCCCCCACACUGCUCUGGUUUAUCCUCGGCCCGCUCCCUGCGUUCACUCACCGAAGUCAGAUCCCCUCCCCCAAAGUGGCUGGAAGGGUCCCUUAACACUCUUCUAGAAUCUAGACCUACCCUUUGUGUUACAGAUGGAUAAACUGGGGUUAGAGAAGUUAAAUUUCCCAAGGGGCCUCAGCAGAGUUAGCUGUUGGACGCGCACCAGGGGCUGCGUCCUGUGUCCCUGCCUCCUGCCCUGACACCCCCGCGCGAAAAGCACAGGAAAAAUACUCCCGCCUGAAGAUUUUGGAAAUGAGAACAGUUGGAGAGAAAGAGAACAUGCCAGGGGAGAUGGGGCCUCCCCACCGCCCCGCCAGCCCCCAGGUCCUUCCUUCGGAAAACUUCAGAGAACUUCAACAGCAGAACGUUUGUUUGCGGUGGGGGGAGGGGGGGCACACAGAUGCGUUGCAAAGGUAGGUUGGAGGGACCCCUCUCACCAGUAUCAGAAGAAAUUGUAAAAUAAAAUUUAAAAAUCCUGUUUCUUAUUUAACAGUACGUUUGUGUGUCUCUCAAGAAUCCCUUUGGAAGGGAUGGUGUGUAAUAUACUGUAUAUUUGAAAUUUUAUUAUCAUUUAUAUUAUAGCUAUAUUUGUUAAAUAAAUUAAU